UGUCGGCCGAAUCCAUUAUAUAUCACAUUUGGGCCGAAUUACGACCCACAGACCUAUACCCAUGAAAUGCUCAAGCAAUAAAAACCCUAACCACAUCCCCCUUGUUCGCCGCUGCUCCAUCCAUCUUUCGUAGCACAGUUGCCUUUUUGGGGAGGUGGUGGAAGAAUUCAUAGGAAACUCAGAGAUGAGUAAAGGAGGAGCAGGGAGCGGUGGGGCCCAGAAGGGAGGGAAGAAGAAGGUGUCGACGUUCGUGAUCGACUGCGCGAAGCCGGUCGAGGAUAAGAUCAUGGACAUUGCCUCACUGGAGAAGUUUCUUCAGGAGCGCAUCAAGGUGGGAGGCAAGCCCGGGGCGCUUGGCGACUCUGUUACAGUCACCCGCGACAAGACCAAGAUUUCGGUUACUGCUAAUGACACCACCUUCUCCAAGCGGUACUUGAAGUACUUGACAAAGAAAUACCUCAAGAAGAACAAUGUGCGUGAUUGGCUCCGGGUGAUUGCUUCCAACAAAGAUCGAAGUGUCUAUGAGUUGAGGUACUUCAACAUAGCUGAGAACGAGGCUGAGGAGGAGGAUUGAUUGAAGAGUGUAAUAUUUUUCACUAGUUGAUUGUUCAGCUGCCUCUGUUAGACAUGUCUUCAGAUUUUGUUACGCAGACCAAAGGUGUUGUAGUUCUAUCUGAAAGUUUAAACUAUAGCUUUUGAUUGAAUUGGAUCUUUUGCAACAGCCUUUCUUUGCUACUUUAUAAUGCUGUAAUUGGUCAGUUGCAAAGGUUCUUCCA